GUAUGAAAUUUUUCGCAAAAUAUCGUUGGUUUGAAUCACUGUGGUUGUUCGGUCAAAUGCAACGGCAAAUAGAAGUGUAUCACAGUCAUGCCGAACAAUGGAAUACCAUUCAUGAAAUGUUUCGUAACAAUCCGAACUUUCAAGAGCCAACAAUCAAUCGACCACCAAAAAUAAGCAGUUUUGCUCUUAUACCAUUAUGCGACUACCAUUUGAAAAACGUGCGAUUGGACAUUAAGGACUUGUAUUAUAAAAUUGUAAACGAGCUUGAUUUGGUGCCUUCUUUUCUCAAUACGCGGACCAACCGGAUGAAUAAGAGAAAUUUAAAGUACUACACCCAAACUGAUCGAUCAGGUCUAUGGAAUAUGUUGUUCGAUGUCGGUAAAAUAAAUAAAUUGGGCAAAUCAAAACCAUUCCAUCAUCAGAUUUUGACCGAUAGUGUUUCAAUAUCCAUAAUGUACAAGAAACCACAGCGACAACAACGACCACAGCGACAACAACGACCGCAGCAAACAACCCAAGCGAAUCGGGGGCCGGAAAAACUCAUUGGCAAGAAAUACAUCAUUGGAAUCGAUCCGAAUGAAAAAUCGUGGUUAACUGUAGUGCGUCGCAACAUUCAAAAAACACCUGAUGAGCCGGCUGUUGAGGAAAACAUUAUAAUACCAAACCAGCGUUUUCAUUGGGAAACUCAGCAGAAAAAACGAGACAAAGAAGCGAAAAAGUUGGCUGGAUGGUUUGAUAUCGAAGAGAAGGAACAUCUCAAAACAUACCCAUAUCGUCCACCAUCACCACGUAAUUCAACAUGGAAAUCAUACAUUGAAUAUCGCAUUAAAAUGUUACGAAAAGGAAUGGCAGCUUAUGCGACGCGUGAAUAUGCACGACUGGAUUUGGACCAUCACAUUCGCUCGACCAGAGUAAAUGAUCAAAUCGCCGUGCGUGUGACAAACAACAAACCGUCGUUGGUUCAAUUUGGUGCUUGGGCGAUGAAACCCGAUCGACCGUUUGGAAUAAAAAAGCGUAAAAGAUGUCCGGGAUCGCGUAAGUUUCGUGUGAGCAUUAAAAAACUUGGACAUUCAGAAGUUGAAAUGCAAGAUGAAUGGGGAACAUCACAAACAUGCGCGAAUUGUCAGGAACGUUUUCCAAGGCACACAAAAGAUGAUCGAUUUAAAGUGUGCUACGAUUGUAGAGCGAAAAAGAUUGAUGGCCUGCCAGAUUCAGUCGCUGGACUGCCAGAUAUCAUUGUGUCAACGGUCAACAGACGUGUUUUGAGAAGAAAACGUGCAAUUAUUAAGCGACAAAUUAUCGAUGGCAAUCGUGAGGCUGUGAACGAAAAAAUUCGGACUGGGCGUUUAAUGUCAAAGGUUAAAGUUACCUACAAAAAUUGGCCAUUAAAUGUUGAUGAUGAUGAUGUUGUUCCACAAACAGUUACUUGGCACCGAGAUAUUGUUGCAGCAAAAUGCAUUAUGCUCAAAGGUAUGAAUCAAUUGGAAACAGAAUAUUCAUUAUUUAAUGUAUUUGCUUUAAAUUACAUAGGACUUUGCCGGAUCUUUGAUGUACCAUUGCCAGUUUCAUUGUUAAGACCGCCGGACCAAAACAACAAUGUCAACUAACAAACAUCAUCAAUUAAUCAUAC